UUAGAAUCCUCAUACAUCGAGAGAGAGGAGGAGCGCUGCAUUUCUUCAAUGGAGAAGAAGAGAUUUGCAGUGCUUCUAUGUGCUGAGGACUCCGACUACGUGAAGAAGAAGUACGGAGGUUAUUUCGACGUGUUCGUUGGGAUGCUGAGCGAAGAAGGAGAGACAUGGGACGUCUAUCGUGUGGCCCUCGGUGAGUUUCCUGAUGACGGAGAGAUCAACGACUACGAUGGAUUCGUAGUCACAGGCAGCUGUCAUGAUGCUCAUGGCAAUGAUGCUUGGAUCUGCAAGCUGUUGGCUUUGCUGAAGAAGCUCCAUUCCUUGCAGAAAAAAGUCCUUGGAAUCUGCUUUGGACACCAGAUUUUGUGCCGAUCAUUGGGCGGAAAGACGGGCCGUGCGAUCAACGGUUGGGAUAUCGGAUUGACGACUAUCAAUUUCUCACCGUCGAAAUCACUAGCUGCAUUGCAGAUCCCUUCCUCUCUGACCAUAAUCGAGUGUCACAGAGAUGAGGUACGGGAGCUGCCACCAUGCGCGGAGGUGAUGGCAUGGUCGGAGAAGACGGGGAUCGAGAUGUUCAAAUGUGGGGACCACAUUAUGGGCAUCCAGGGCCAUCCCGAAUACACGAAGGACAUUCUCAUGCACCUCAUAGACCGCCUCCUCCAACGCGAUCUCAUACAGAGCUGCCAUGUUGAAGCGGCGAAGGCAAGCUUGGAGGCCUAUGAACUAGAUGAGGAGGCAUGGAAAAAGCUCUGCAAGAGCUUUCUCAAAGGGCCAUCCCUGUUAUAGAGAUGAAUGAUUGUUUUGAUUGUAAUCAAUAUUCCAAAUUUUGUAUAUUUAUUUGAAAUUGGAAAUUUAAGUUGAUUAAUUCUCAUUU